AUGCAAUUGUCACGAUUGGGAGCGGUCUGGGAGUGGGCUGCAUGGCCCGCUCGUGCGUCUCCUGUUCGAAAUCUGAACGUGCGAGUUAGGUCGCGACAAAUAUCGCUCAGCCCCGCAUCCGCUAACUCUAGCGACUCUCGAAGCGAAUUUAUAUCAACUAGAAGGCCAACUAACCGCAUCAAAGCCAGUGGAUAUCAAUCAUGCGCAUUUGAUUCGCAAUGCGGUAAUUUUGCUUCUGCGCAUUGCAGAGCCAGUGCUGACGAAAACAGCCGCAAUACCGGCCGGCAGCGAGAAAUUUUGAGAUCCGAUGCCGUGGAAGUGGUAUCUUUGUUACACCCUUGGUCCCAUCCACUCCCCGGGCCCCGUGGACAUGCCUACCAAAUGCAGCGCCGGCGCGUUGCAACAGGCCGGGACGAUGGCCCUGGAACGGAGUGGAGGCGGCGAGUGAUAGGCUGCCAGCCACUUCAGAACUUGAAGGUUGGGCCUUACAAGCGUGGCAAGUGGUUCGUGAGCUACAAAGAAGACCCCGGAAGCUUCAUCACCAACAUUCUCAUCCUGUUGGUCACGGGCUACUCUAUCUUCACUAUGUUGCCGGGUGAAUCGAUGAGUGUCCGAAGGCAGCGCAAGAUGCGCCAGCUGCUUCUCGACAACGCCCAAAUGACGGAGGCCGACCUCGCAUACAUUGAGAACUACCGUCUCCCAGAAGAAGAUGACUCAAGCUGA